CAUCAGCUUGCGUGCCUCAAACACUUCCCUGAAGUUGUGCCUGUGUUGUUUACAAGUGUCUCUUCCCGCCCUGGGACUAAAAGCAGCUGAUUGUCGGCAAGCAGCGGCUCCACAUGGCUCCUGCUGAGGUCUGAGGAUGAUCAAGACCGAGAAGAUCCUUCAUCUGAAGAGCUGCCGGGGCCGGAAGGUCCGGGUGGUCCGUGAACACUACCUCAGGGAGCGGGUUCCGUGCUACAGCUCCCGGUGUCAGGCGGACUGUGACAACGGUAACGAUGGAAAGGUGCUUCCAGGAGAUCUGACCCACUAUGUGUUCCCUGACGUCGGCGUGGUGGUGGACUAUCUGGAGAUCCUGGAGUUCAGAGAGCUGCAGGGCGUCGUCUUCACGCAGACCGCCUGCCAGGCCGUGCAGCACAGCAAAGGACGCAGGCAGUACAACCGUCUGCGAAACCUGCUCAAAGACCCUCGACACGACUGCGUGCUGUUUGCCAACGAGUUCCAGGAGUAUUCCUACUGUCCACGAGAGAAGGGGGAGAGCCAGGACAGGUGGCACACCAGGUGUGUGUACGCUGCAGCAGUGUGGUACUAUCACCACCUGGCAGGUCUGAUGGACGUGGUGAUGAUCACAGAGGACCAGCAGGCCGUGGAUCAGUACAGCAGCCUCAACUCUGGAGUAUACGUCAUCUCCGUCCAGGAUUAUUUGCAGAACUUCUGGCCGGAGCUGCAGGCGGCACAUGAUCUGUACGGCUCCAUUUCCCAGGCGCUACAAGAGAAGGAGAGCGAAGGCACGGAGAGGGAGUACACCGAACAUCUGCCCGCUGAGGUGCUGGAGGCCGGAAUCAAGUCUGGCCGCUACAUCCAGGGAACUCUGAACAUCAGUAAGCACCGAGCUCACAGCGAAGCUACGGUCAUGACGGAGGGUUUGUCCACUAAGAACACAGAUCUGAGUUUGGGCGUGUUGGUGUGUGGAGGAAAGAAUCGUAACAGAGCCGUGCACGGUGACGUGGUUGUGGUGGAGCUGUUGCGAAAGAGCGAGUGGAGAGCGAAGGACGAGGCGCUGACGGAGGGUCAGGCGGAGGAGAAGAGCGUAGAGGAGAGCGACAGUAAACCCAUGCCGACAGGCCGUGUUGUGGGGAUCCUGCAGAGGAACUGGAGGGACUAUGUGGUGACGUUUCCUCCCAGGGAGGGGCCUCCGUCCCAGAGCAGGAACUCUCAGCGCAUCCUGGCCAUUCCCUGGGACCAUCGCAUCCCCAAGAUCCGCAUCAGCACGCAGCAGGCUGACGCUCUGCAGGACCACAGGGUGGUGGUUCGCAUUGAUUCAUGGGAAAGCACGUCGCUCUAUCCCAACGGCCACAGCGUGCGGGUGCUGGGUCGGGCCGGAGAGCUCGAGACGGAGGUCCAGACCAUCCUCAUCGAGAACUGCAUCCACGUGCCUCCAUUCUCAGACGCACAGCUGAGAGAGAUGCCCGUCAACUCUCCAGAGAAGCCAUGGACGGUUGAUCCCGUCCAGGUGGCGAAGCGGCGGGACCUCAGAAAGACUCACCUGGUGUUCAGCAUCGACCCAAAGGGCUGCGAGGACGUAGACGACACGCUGUCAGUGCGCAGCCUCGCGGGCGGGAAGCUGCUGGAGCUCGGGGUCCACAUCGCAGACGUCACACACUUCGUCACCGAGGGCUCGCUCACUGACCUCGAGGCUCGAACCAGGGCUACGACGUACUACCUGGCAGACCGCCGGUACGACAUGUUGCCCGCCAUUCUCAGCGCUGACCUCUGCUCUCUGCUGGGAGGAGUCGACAGGUAUGCGAUGAGCGUGAUGUGGGAGCUGGAUGCACAAACCCUGGCCGUCAACAAGGUGUGGUACGGCCGCACGCUGAUCCGCUCCUCCUACCAGCUCCACUACGAGCUGGCCCACGCGCUCCUCAACGGGGAGCAGGCGGAGGUCCCGGAGCUGAAGGAGCUCAGCUCUGAGGAGAAGGACGCGAAGCUGGCCGAGCUCACUCAGGCUCUGGAGCUGCUGACGCAUGUGGCCAGACACCUGCGGGCGCAGAGGGACAGGGGAGGAGCGCUGGAGCUGGAGGGGGUGGAGGUUCGAGCCCAGCUAGACGAGCAGAAGAACAUCACAGCUCUGGUCCCCCGUCAGCCUCUGGAGGUCCAUGAGACCGUGGCCGAGUGCAUGAUUUACGCCAACCACUGGGUGGCGCGCAAGAUCCAGGAGAGCUUCCCUCAUCAGGCCCUGCUGAGGCGCCACCCGCCGCCACGCCAGGAGUUCUUCAGCCAGCUGGUAGACUGUGCCACGGCCGCAGGGUUCACCAUCGACACCAGGACCAACAAGGCUCUGGCUGACUCUCUGGACCGAGCCGUGGACCCACAGGACCCGCUGGUGAACAGGCUGCUGAGGAUGAUGGCCACCACAGCCAUGUCACAGGCUCAGUACUUCUCCACUGGUCUCCACUCCCAGGACCAGUGCUACCAUUACGGUCUGGCUCUGGAUCGCUACACACACUUCACCUCACCCAUCCGUCGCUAUGCCGACAUCGUGGUGCACCGCCUUCUAACCGCCGCCAUCGACAUGGACAGGGGGGCGGAGCCUGGGAAAGCUUUAGCCAGUAACAAAGAACUGGAGGAAAUGGCUCUUCACAUCAACAACAAGAACAGGGCAGCCCAGCAGGCCCAGAAGUUGUCCACGGAGCUGUUUCAGUGUCUCUUCUUCAAAGAGAGAGACCCUCAGACGGAUCCGUGCUGUGUGGCCAACGCCGUCAUCUACUCCAUCAGAGACAACGGCGUGCUGGUGUUCGUCCCAGAGUACGGCGUCAAAGGGCCGGUGUACCUGAGGAACCGAGAGGGUCAGGUGGUGUCUGUGGGACAGGACGGCAGCUGCGAGUGGCAGAGCGGCUCCGUGCGACGCCACUCAGACCACAUCACCACCACCUCCAUCUGCGGCACCUCCACCUUCACACUGUUCGACCACAUCACUGUUCGUAUUUCCGUGCGCUCCACACACUGCCACGCAGACAGUCUGAACCUGGAGGUCAUCAGCAACAAGCCCCACCUCAGCACGGAGCCUCAGCAGCCGCGCUCGCAGGGCCGCUCGCAGCUGGUGCAGGAGGUGGUGCGUCUGGCCGAGGAGGCGUCCCAGCAGGCGCAGGAGAAGGCGGCCCGCCGGCCCAAACUCUCCAGAGAGGAGCGAGAGUUCUGUCAGAGCAGGAGCCCCAACCUGUACUCCCUGCUGGAGGAGGUGAGGGAGAUGGCUCUGCUGGACCUGGAGGUGACGGCACGGCUCUGUGCAACCACCGCUUAGAGCCGCUGUGACAUCAUCACGACUCAGCUGGACUCACAGGAGCCUGCUAAGGUUGAAAAGUGGCUGCUGACAUUUCAUCAGGACGGCCACAAGAACAAGAGACUUUUCUCUUUCACAUAAAUUCUUCAGCUGUUUAAAACAUGACGCAGAUCGUUUAUUAUCUGAAUACUUUUUAUCAUUUAAAGGAAAAAUACUUGAUGAUGAAAAGUGUCCUGAAGUCAUGUGUCAUGACAUAAUCUGAGUCAGUAGAUAUUUACAUCAAGUUGGUCCAAAGAUAAAAACCACAGACUUUGGUCAUUGUGUAACAGAGAGGAACUUCAAAUAUAUAAUUUUCUUCUGCUCUCAAUCAAAACAGGAACAAAAGACAAAGCAGUGUCGUCACUGCAGUCAGUUUCUCCUGGUUAGGAUUCCUUCAUGGUUCAGUGUUCAGGAGCUUUUUACCAGGAGCUGAAUUAUCCACAGAGCUCUCCUCCUCUCCAGAACAAACACACCAGCUGAUUUAAACCAGUAAAACACUGAAGAAUGCAGCUUCAUAUUAAAAGCCAGUAUUUCUCCAAUGCAGUCUGGCACAGCAGGGGCGAGGGCCGAGAUGCCACUCAUCUUUUCUCCUCUGACAACUUAAGAUCCAGGUGUUCAGGAGGUUUUUACUGGGAACUGAAUUUUCCACAGAGCUCUCCUCCUCUGAUUAAAAACACUGAAUAAAGACUUUUCAUUUUAAAAGUGUUUCUCAGAUGCAGUUCAGCACAUCAGGGGCUUGUUUGAACUUCAGAUCCAGAUGUCUGAUGUUUAAAAAAAACUUUAUCCAGUUAUAACCUUUAGUUAAAAACAACCAAGAUCUAAAUGUGUUUUUAAAAAUGGAUGCAAGUUAAUGUAUGGGGCACCCAUUAGCUCAGCUGUUAGAGCCAUGUACAAAGGCUGUGUAGGGUUUGACUCUAACCAACAGCCCUUUGCUGCAUGUCAUCCCUCCUCUCUCUCUAUUUUGAAAAACUUAUUCAUGACAGCUUUCACAGACACCACGGCUCUGAGGCAUGAGCAAAGGGGAUAUGAUGGCGACCAAAUAACACAAACUGUGUCCUUGAUUAACACGACAGACUCUCUGGGUUUGUUGGAGACAUUUUGGACAAUGUAAGAACUAAAUAUGUAACACUGGUCUGAUGUUUUUCAGACAUGUUAAAGCAGAGCAGGUCCAUAUUAUCUCUUUAACAGUGACGGCUCAUGUUAGCAGACGUUUCCUGAAAACAGUUUGAACACUGAGACAUUAGACGACGUGAAGCUGCUGAUGUUUAACACUUUGAUAACUACUGAGACGUAUAAGCGUCAUAUAUGCAUCAGAAUUGUGUUUCACAUCAACAGCAAUGAAGCUUCAAAAUGAUCUUCUGAUUCAUUCACAUUUAAACCUGUUGAUAGAUUCACUGAUGAUCUGUGGGUUAGUAUUAUUAUUAUUACACAUAUAUCAGCCGUGGUCCCACUUCUCUAUCGAUACUAUAAAGUUAACACUGAGUAUUAAAGUUUAAGUUGUUAGUUUACAUGAAAUUAUUGCUGCAGUUAAUUAAACACACAUUUAGAGACUCAGAAUGUUUCUCCAGAGAUUUAUUAUUUGUCAUGUGUGAGAUGUUCCUGCAGCUCUCUCUCUCUCACCUCCUCCUGUGAUUAGUUUAAUUUGUUUUACUAAAAUACAUUUUGAUGUUUUGAUGCUCAAAAAAUCUAUUAGUGAACUUUUUAGAGAUGAACCAGUCAGUCAGCUGGACAACAGAAACUUUAAUAAAUAAGCUGUUUGAAGGAGAAAUGUGUCGAAGUGUUCACAGAAAUAUAAAAAAUAUCAGGAUAUUAUGAAAACAGAAUAAAAAUAAUUUGGAAUUUUUUUUUAAAUGUUUUCCUGUGAGGUUAACUUAAAGGUUGUAUCACAGACUUUCUUUUAAAAAAAAGUUCCUUUGUUUUCCUGCACAAAAACAAAAAACAAAAUUGACUGACUUUAAUUAUCAGUAUCGAUAGAUUUUCACAAUCGAUGCGUCAACAAACUUUAUAAUUAUUUUUUUUUGGAGUAACAAACUGUUUCCUAAACUCAAGCUCAGAGUAACGAGGUGAUGAAACUGUGAUACAGGUGAACACAAAGUUCUUCAGGUUAAUGAGGAUUCAGGUUUAUUGACUCAUGUAAUUAGUGUUUUCCUUGAUGAUGACUGAUGGUUUAUUAUUAAUAUUAUUAGCUUUUGCUUCUGUGUUAGAAUCUAUUUUUGUAACAUUGCUGAUUUUGUUUCUUUGUAAUUAAAACUGUAUGAAAAAUAAA